ACUCCCACAAAGGCCGUACGUAAUGCGUCAGUGCGCUUCCGUGUAGUCGGGACGUCUCGCUUGAAUAGAAUUGCGGUAUUGGAAUUUUCUGGAAGAGAGGAGGCUAGGAGCAUUGCAGCUAACAGUUUUGUUGGCAUUUGGUUGUCUUUAAGAACAUUGCUCAGUCAUGGCUUCAGAUGAUUUUGAUAUUGUAAUAGAAGCAAUGCUGGAAGCUCCUUACAAAAACAAAGAGGAGGAAAGUCCAACCAAGGAGACGAAAAAAGAACAGGAGAGCAGCAGCAAUAGAACUGGCAACAGUGAACACCAUCACCAUAGCAGCAGCAGUAAGAAAAGGUGUCGCAGCCAAAGCCGUGAUCGCAAAAGAAGUCGCAGCCGAAGUAGGGACCGCCACAAGCGCAGAAGCAGUAGAGAUCGUCAUCGCAGCCAUGACCAUAGGCGCAGAAGUCGGAGUAGGCGCCGUAGUUCACGGAGCCAUGAUAGGCGCAGAGAUGAGCACUCACGGCACCACAAUUCUGGACGGCGUUACACCCGUAGUAGGAGCCGCAGUCCACAACACAAACAGAAGACUCCCCCAAGGGAACCUGAGACUAUUCUUUCCCCAGAGGAACGAGAUGCACGUACAGUGUUUUGCAUGCAACUAGCUGCUCGCAUUAGAUCACGGGAUCUAGAGGACUUUUUCUCUGCUGUUGGCAAAGUGCGAGAUGUGAGGAUUAUUUCAGAUAGGAACUCUCGUAGGUCAAAGGGUAUUGCAUAUGUAGAGUUUUGUGACAUUCAGUCUGUGCCACUGGCCAUUGGAUUAACAGGACAGAGGUUAUUGGGUGUUCCAAUAAUUGUUCAAGUUUCACAGGCAGAAAAGAACCGCCUGGCAGCCAUGUCAAACAAUUUACAGAGGGGGAACCCUGGACCCAUGCGUCUGUAUGUGGGAUCUCUACACUUCAAUAUUACAGAGGACAUGCUGAGAGGCAUAUUUGAGCCAUUUGGAAAAAUAGAAAAUAUUCAGCUUUUGAAAGAACCAGAUACUGGAAGAUCCAAGGGCUUUGGGUUCAUAACGUUUACAGAUGCGGAGUGUGCUCGGCGUGCUCUAGAACAGUUGAAUGGAUUUGAACUAGCAGGGCGACCCAUGAAAGUUGGACACGUGACAGAUCAUUUAGAAGGUGGUGGGGAAGCUUCAUUCUUAGAUAGCGAUGAACUUGAGCGUACUGGCAUUGACCUGGGAGCAACUGGUCGCCUACAGCUUAUGACUAAGCUGGCCGAAGGGACAGGCUUACAAAUUCCACUUGCUGCCCAAGCUGCUCUGCAGUUGGGUGGAGCUAUUCCGCUCACUGCAUUAAACCCUACACUCACAGCACUUAGCCCAGCCCUCAAUCUGGCACAAUCCAUCUCUGCGCAGUCCUUUCAACUCUCAAAUCUCUUCAAUCAUCAAGCCAUGUAAUUUGUUGACCUUCAUUUCUUCAGAUCCAUUUAACAUUCUGCUCCAAGGAUACUCCCAAGUUGCACAGAUUUGAAAACUACAUUCUACAUGGGAUAAUGUAUAUUCUGUAUUGUAGGCAGUGCUUCUUAAAAUAAGUGAGCACUCUUUCUAAAAGUCCAUAUGAGUAGUUCAGAUUUGAUGGUUCUUCUUUGCUACUGUUGUAAAUGAUAAUGCUUAAGUUUUGGUACUACAGAAUGGCCUGUCCUGGACAUGUUCCCAUUUAAAGCCUUAUUGCAUUAUACUCUUCAGUUAUUCCUGAAUUUUCUGUGUCUUUCCUGUAAAUUUUGCAUCUUUUGUCAGCCUCAUAACCAGUAACUGUUAAGAUUGUAAAUAAUGGUUGGUUAUGGGCUGACGCAAUGAUUGGUUGAGGGCUGAUGGUGAGUAUGCAUCUUGUUCAGUGCAUUUUGUUGCAUUGCAUGGUCACUAUUAGUCACUAUGCUGUUUUGGAAUGGCAAAGCAAAAGUAGCUGAGGCAAUAAAACUGUUGUUGGAUGUGCUUUUAUGAUAAUGGGCGUUAAUGCCUUAAAGGAACAGUAACACCAAAAAAUGAAAGUGUUUUAAAGUAAUUAAAAUAUAAUGUACAGUUGCCCUGCGCUGGUAAAACUGGUAAGUUUGCAACAGAAACGCUACUAUAGUUUAUAUAAAUGAGCUGCUAUGUCAACACGGGGGCAGCCAUUGAUGCUGGGAAAAAGGAGAAAAGGCACAGGCACAUAGCAGAAUAUAAUGGGUUUUUUUAUCUGUUAUCUGCUAAGUAACCUGUGCCUUUUCUCCCGUAAAUGGCUGCCCCCAUGGCUACACAGAAGCGUUAUUAUAUAAACUAUAGUAGUCUUUCUAAGGAAAACACACCAGCUGUACCAGUACAGGGCAGCAUUACAUUAUAUAGUAAUUACUUUUAUACACUUUUUUUGGUGUUACUGUCCCUUUAAGGAUUCACCAAAUUUGGAAUUUGUCCUAAUCCGAGCCAUUUUAAAGAGGAUUAGAAUCCAAGAGCCCAAAUCGAAGAGGCUGGCCAAACUGAAUCAAAACUCCUAUAAUCCCUGAAAAUUUCCGCUCACUCCUUGCCAAUUUCCACCAGGUGUGAGGGUUCAGAUUCGGUUCAGUAUUUGGCUGAAUCUAUACAGAAGGAUUCGGGAAUUUGCCCAAGUACUGAAAAAAAGUGAUUCAGUGCAUCCCUAAUUAAAAAUGACUAAACUUUUUGCCACUCAUUUACUAAAAAAUUAGGUAUGUGAUCUGUGACAUUAGAGAUGCAUGGUACAUGUAGUGUUGCUUAUGGCUCUCCAAAUUCCAAUAUCCAAAUCUGUGCCACUGGGAAAAAUUAUUAUUUUUUUUUUUUUUUAAUGGAAUACCAGGCUGUUGAAGAAAGAGUACGUGGUGUUUGCCAUGAUAGGACAGGUAAGGGUGGGCACACUGCUGUCCUUAGCUAUUUUAGAUUUUAUUUUUAGAUUUUUUUUUAUACUUCUUGUUUUUGAUAUUUUUUGUAAAUUCAGUACCUGCUGUAAAAAGUGAAAUGGGAGCUUGGGCUUGUGAUGCACCAAUGACUUUUCAUUUAAAGUACUUUGAGCUGAGUGAGGAUAAUACAGGGAAAGGGGAAGCUUACCCCAUGUUGUGAAGUGUCUUCUGUAUAUUUAUCUUUUAAGGUACAUUUAUUACAUAUUGUAAAAUGUGAUCUUGACUUUGUCUCGAAUAUAUUGUAUUCCUACUGCUUAUAAUGUAAAGUAAGUUUAAUAAUCUAGGUACAAUAUGUUGGUUUCAGUUCUAAGGAGCAUUUGUUCAGUUUUUCUUUCCUUUUAUAAUGACAUUCUUUUUCAAUUUAGCAGAAAAGUUUAAAAUAAACUACAGUUUAACUGCUGACUUUUUGAU